AUGCCAAACGACUUCAACGUCAUUAUCGUCGGGGGGUCUGUGGCUGGGUUGGCGCUCGCCCACUGCCUCCAACGCCUUGGUGUCUCGUUUACCAUUCUUGAGCAGGGUGAAAUCGCGCCCCAGCUGGGAGCCUCGAUUGGCAUUCUGCCCAACGGGGGUCGCAUUCUCGACCAGCUUGGUAUUUUUGACAAUAUUGAGAAGGAAAUCGAGCCCUUGGAGCUUGCUAGGAUUCGCUACCCGGAUGACUUCUGGUUUGAAAGCCGAUAUCCCAAGGCCUUGCACUCCAAUUACCAUUAUCCUGUGUCUUUCUUGGAGAGGCAAAGGUUCCUUCAAAUAUUAUACGACACGCUCGAAUCAAAGAACCACAUCCAUACAGGAAAAAAGGUCCUCGCUGUGGAAAGCGGCAUAGACUGCGCUGUAGUCAAGACUUCCGACGGUAGUGAGUAUAGAGCAGAUCUUGUUGUCGGCGCCGACGGUGUACACAGCGUCGUUCGUUCCGAAAUAUGGAGACAUUUGAAGCAAACAUGUCAAACACGCCCAACGGAGAGGGAAAAUUCAGGCAUCAAAUACGAGUAUUCCUGCAUCUACGGACUUUCCCGCGACGUGCCUCACAUGAAACUCGGAGAGCAGCUUAGCCGUUUGGACGACGGCGUUUCCAUCCACGUCUUUACCGGCAAGCAAUCCAAGUUCUUCUGGUUUGCCAUGGUCAAGACACCGCAAGCCGGGUACGCCGGAAAGGGCGCCUGCUCAGACCACGCGGCAAGACAAAUCUGCGACGGCAUGCGCUCCAAGAAAUUAUCCAAUGUCCUCACCUUCGGCGACGUAUGGUCCCGAUGCACCAUAUACAAGAUGACGCCGUUGGAGGAAGGCGUUUUCAAGCAGUGGAAUCAUGGCCGCAUGUUGUGUAUUGGCGACGCCGUCCGCAAGAUGUGCCCCAAUAUAGGGCAGGGCGCCAACAUGGCCAUAGAAGAUGCCGCCAGGCUCGCGAAUCUCAUUCACAAACGCCUGCCGUUGGGCAAACUCUCAGCCAGCGAAGUCGACUGCAUGCUUCGGGAAUUCACGGCGGCUCAGAAGCCUCGUACGAAUAGCAUUUGUGCGCAAUCCGAGUUUCUGGUGCGUAUGCACGCGAAUCAGGGCAUUGGGAGAAGGCUUCUCGGCCGAUAUGUCAUUCCAUUUUUGAAUGACGCGCCGGCUGGUCUGUCUGGGCUUUCUAUAAAUAACGCUGUGAAGCUGGAGUUUAUCGAUGCGCCCACCAGGUCGCUCGGGGGUGCGUGGGAAGCGUCCUGGGAGUCUGUUUUGCGGAUUCUGACGGGCUUGCGGCCCAAGAUGGGGAUACAUUAUUCCGUAUAUGUGCUUGCACUUUCGCUUGCAACAUAUCUUCUCCUGUAG